AUGCCUCAUCCCAACAACACCAUCUUCAGGCCUUCAGUGCUGACUCUGACUGGGAUCCCCGGCCUGGAGUCUAUGCAGUUCUGGUUUGGGAUUCCCUUCUGUGUCAUGUACAUCAUUGCACUUUUGGGGAAUUCUCUGCUUCUAGUUGUCAUCAAAGUUGAGCGAAGCCUCCAUGAGCCCAUGUACCUCUUCCUAGCAAUGCUUGGAGCAACAGACAUUGCUCUCAGUACGUGCAUCUUACCGAAAAUGCUAGGGAUAUUCUGGUUUCACCUUCCAACCAUAUACUUUGAUGCCUGCCUCUUACAGAUGUGGCUGAUACACACAUUCCAGGCUAUUGAGUCAGGUAUCUUGUUUGCCAUGGCCAUGGACCGCUAUGUGGCCAUCUGUGAUCCUCUAAGACAUGCAUCCAUCUUUACCCAGAGACUCCUCACUCAGAUAGCAGUUGGAGUCACACUCAGAGCAGCCCUGUUUGUAGCUCCAUGUCUCAUUCUCAUCAAAUGCAGGUUGAGACUCUACUGGACCACUGUUGUGUCCCACUCAUACUGUGAGCACAUGGCCAUUGUGAAGCUGGCAGCAGAAGAUGUCCGUGUCAACAAGAUCUAUGGUCUCUUUGUGGCCUUCAGUAUACUUGGACUGGACAUCAUUUUCAUCACACUCUCCUACAUUAGAAUAUUUAUAACUGUCUUCAGGCUCCCUCAAAAGGAAGCAAGACUCAAAGCCUUUAACACGUGUGUCGCUCACAUUUGUGUCUUCUUGGAGUUUUACCUUCUGGCCUUCUUCUCUUUCUUUACACAUAGGUUUGGCUUUCACAUUCCAUCCUACAUUCACAUUCUCCUGUCCAACCUUUACCUACUUGUCCCACCUUUGCUGAAUCCUAUUGUUUAUGGUGUGAAGACCAAACAAAUUCGUGACCAAGUGUCCAAAAUUUUGUAUUGUAAUUAUUCUUCUUGA